UUGGGUAGCUGUUGCAUGCUUAGCUACUACUGCGUGUCCAAGCUUGUAAGGACAUAAAAUCGGCACACCCAUGAGACUGCUAACACUGGAGUAUAUUAAACCACUUAGUUCCCAGGCCUUGAUAAGUACAAGCAAGAUUCAUCCAAAGUGACUUUGUGACUAUCCUACUGUCUUGGGACAGAUUUGGUGGACAGGCACAAUGAGAGUUCAAAGGCGACUCCUCUUCCUGCUGCUGCUUCUGGCUGUCCUCUGUUCCACAGGUGUUAGCCUCAGGUGCUACAACUGUUUGGACCCAGUCUCCUCAUGCAAAAUGAAUACGACUUGUUCACCGAACCAGGAUUCCUGCCUCAUUGCUGUGUCCGGAAGGCAAGUCUAUCAACAGUGUUGGAAAUUUUCGGAUUGCAAUUCCGUGACCCUUCUGAACCGAUUAGAACUGGCAACUGUACAAUACAGAUGCUGCCAGGUGGACAUGUGUAACAAAAAGCUCAAAGACGAAAGUGAUGACCAGAAAGGAAAUAAUGGGUCCUCCUUGUCGGGGAAGACUGCAUUGCUGGGGACCUCAGUGCUGGCAGUCAUCUGGAAGCUGUGUUUCUAGGUCGUCAUGGAGCUCUGGGGCACCUCUGUUCUUACCUUUUUUUGCUGCUGCAGCACUCCAAAGCUGAUAUUUUCCAUUAUAUCCUUUUGGGAAAGAAUAAAGUUGAUCUGAACGCUGUGGACAAGAGGAAGGGAUCUAAGCCGUGUGGAGGACCGCCCUGCACCCGGGAAGGCCCUCUUCAAGUAUAAGAGUGAAGUUCAUGGAUCCAACUCCGAUAGGUUUUUUGAAUCUUCUUUUGCCCUUGGGAGCACUGCCUUUCUGUUUCAGCUUAACUGGGCUUUUGGCAACCCUCAGGGAUGUCUCUCUGGUUCCUAGAAUGUAGCUGAGAGGUUUAGUCAGUACCUUUAGGAGUGAGUGAACCAGGGGGAUUCUUUUCAUCGUUUUGUCACACUCAUAAAAUGCUUUCAUAGCCUUGCAAAUCCAAAAA